CAUCACCGUUGGUUUUGUUAUAUCAACGUUACUGAACCACCUUUCAUGUGAACUUGGCUUGUCCCUUCGAAUUCAUCUCCCCAAUACUUACGGCAAACACCUAUCUAAUAUCUCCAAGAGCUACUCCGACCCAAUACAUCUGAAAGACUUGUCAUUGGUUAUUACGACUACCGAGCAGGAAUUCUGAAUAAUAUCACACAACAUGGAGCAUCCAGUGAAGGACGUCCGCCGAGUCAUUCGCACCCUUUGCCAGGGAAGCCCGCAAGAACAGGGAGAAACCCUUGAGCGUUACUUCACGCCUUCGGCGUCGUUCGUUCACCCCUUCUGCCGAGUUCCCCAUUUCGACAAGAUCUACAUUCCUGGAUACGGUUUCCUGAAUUCGCGAGAGCUUAUUCAGUACAUCUAUAAGUGGUACAAGAUUCUAAGUCCCAAGAUUGAUAUCGAGGUCGAAUCAGCCGUCUUCGACCAACGCCUCUCCCUCCUCUACGUCAACAUCGCCCAAACCUUUUCCAUCUGGUUCCUCCCCUUCCACAAAUCCCCCGUCCGCCUCGUCUCAGUCCUCCACCUCGUUCCCGAAGACGAAUUCAAGAAUAACAACAACAACUCCGGGAACCUGCGCCGCCGUCUUGCCAGCAAUAUCAAGAACCCCUUGUCAAAACAAGAAGCCGACGACAACGACUCAGACUACUCAGACUCCUUAGAAGGACCCAGCUACGCCUCGGUAGCCGCCGGCGACGCCACACCAGAGAAAACGGAGGAGGGAAUCCCCAUGGUUCACCCGCCCAACCCAAGCAACCCGGUUGCUGUCGAGAACGCCCCCGUUACCUCGUCUUCUGCUCGGGCAAGUGGCGAGGCGGAGAGACUAGUCAACGGUGACAACAACGGCAACAGCAGCAAGCGGUACCUGAUCGCAAAGCAGGAAGACUUUUACCAGGUGAACGAUUUCCUCAAGUUUUUGUUUUCGAGUCCGGGAGCGUGGGUGUGGUAUGCCAUUCAGGUGUGGAACUCGAUCUUGUGCGUGGUGGGCGUGGUACUGUUUGAGCCGUUGAUCAGGGCUCUUGGGAUCAGGAGGGAAGGGGGCGGAAAGCCUAAGUGGACGUGAGUUUCCGAGGAUGUUGAUUGUGUAGUGGUCUCCUGGAAUCUCUGAAAAACCCCUAUGAGUGGGAGGGGAGCAAGAGAGAAAGUGAAUAUCAAACCGGAUGAAAGAGUUUGGACGUUGCAUCAUAACCUGAGGCCUCACAUUAGACACGACCUGCAUCGAUAAUGAUAGCCAUAAUCUAAUUCCAAAUGUCGCACGGGGA